UUAGAGCACCUCCAAACAGUGACAGACUCAAACAUAUCUAGUAUUUAUAUGGUGUGCAGAGGCCUGGCUCCAGGGCUUCCCUUGUGCUCCCAUGCGGAAAGGGCCCCCGGGGGAGCUGAUGCCAUCUGAGACUGAAAAACAAGGGCCUUAGAUCUAAUUUUCAUCAUGGCGGCAGAAAGCCUGGAGACAGAUGGUCCCAGAUCCUCUAUGCCUGCUGAGCUCCACCAUCCCCACUCUAAGUACUCUCAGUGGAAGUUUAAGCUGUUUAGGGUGAAGUCCAUGGAGAAAGCCCCUCUACCCUGCGAGACACAGCCUGAGAUAGGAGCCUCAUUAGGGAUCUCACAUCCCACAGCUUCAAAUUUAGAGGUAGAUGAUGGUGUGGGUCCAGCGAGUGUUAUGAAAUUGUGCCUGGGGGGAAAAAGCAAGGAAAAUGUGGAGGGCCCUGGCAGGAGAGUAGAUUUGAAGUUACAGGAAAUGGACACCCACAUGGACCACCUCAGGUGUUUGUGCCGUGUCUGUGGAGCAGCCCUGAGAAAAGUCAAAGGACCAGUGCAUGAUGUUCAUGGAGAUCUGGAUGAGGUGAGCAAAUGUGCGCUGCGUAAAAUGGGUUGCAAGUUCACCAGCUGGCCUGAAGUCAUCCUGAAAGUCUUUAAAGUGGACGUGACAGAGGACACAGAAUCUAUCCACCCUCUUUCCUUCUGCCAUCGCUGCUGGAUGGUUGCCAUACGAGGAGGGGGCGUCUGUAGCUUCACCAGAACCAAAGUCCCUGAGUGGAAACCUCACGCUCACCACUGCUACCUGUGCUCCCCCAAGAAACCUUCAUUCCAAAGGACUGGGAGGAAGAGGAGGAAAGUCAUUCCCAAAGCCCAGACUCUGGCAAAAAGGACCAGGUGUGACUAUGGAGAGAGCAUUGCAGUUGGUGAGAGGAGAGCUCUGAGACCCUUUGGGGACCGUCAUGGUCCAGCGCUGAGAGCCUGGAAAAGAACCGGCAUCCGGAGAGAGCAGUGGGUGAGGAACAUUACGCACUGCCAGAAAGACCACCUGAGUACCAAGCUGAUCUCUGAGAAGCUCCCAGUGGACUUUGUUGUUUCUUUCACCUGCCUGGUGUGUGACCACCUGCUCUCUGAUCCAGUUCAGUCCCCCUGUGGGCACCUUUUCUGCCGCAGCUGCAUUAUAAAAUUUAUCCACGUUCUGGGACCUCAUUGCCCUGCCUGCAACUCUUCCUGCAGCCCUGAUGAUGUCAUCUCUCCUGCCAAAACCUUCAUUUCAGCCUUGUAUUCUCUGCCUCUGCUCUGCCCCUGUGACGGCUGUGGCGAGCAUGUAAGACUUGACUCAUUUAAGGCCCACUGUCUAAGCCACGAGGUGGAGAAAGACGCAUACCAACACUCAUUAGAAUUUGACAGCUACCUGCUCGCCAAUAAAGGGGGUAGACCCCGGCAGCACUUACUCUCGUUAACCCGUCGUGCCCAGAAGCAUCGGCUGAAGGAUCUGAAGACUCAGGUGAAGGUGUUUGCAGACAAAGAGGAGGGGGGUGAUCUGAAGUCUGUGUGUCUGACACUCUUCCUGCUUGCACUGAGAUCUGGGAAUGAACAUCGGCAGGCAGAUGAGCUGGAGGCCAUGAUGCAAGGCAGAGGCUUUGGAUUGAGUCCUGCGGUGUGUUUGGCCAUUCGGGUCAACACUUUUUUGAGCUGCAGCCAGUAUCAUAAGAUGUACCGGACUGUCAAAGCCACAAGCGGCCGCCAGAUCUUUCAGCCUCUGCACAGCCUCCGAGCUGCAGAGAAGGAGCUCCUCCCGGGUUUUCACCAGUUUGAAUGGCAGCCAGCUCUCAAGAAUGUGUCUGCAUCUUGCAGUCUUGGCAUAAUUAAUGGGCUCUCUGGAUGGGCAUCCUCUGUGGAUGACUCCCCAGCUGACACCAUCACUCGGCGCUUUCGCUAUGAUGUGGCACUGGUGUCAGCAUUAAAGGAUCUGGAGGAGGACAUCAUGGAGGGGCUGAGAGAGAGUGGGAUGGAAGACAGUGCUUGCACCUCGGGCUUUAGCGUCAUGAUUAAGGAAUGCUGUGAUGGCAUGGGCGAUGUCAGCGAGAAACACGGUGGAGGACCAGUUGUCCCAGAGAAGGCUGUCCGCUUCUCUUUCACUAUUAUGUCUAUUUCUGUCCUGGCAGAAGGUGAGAUGGAGGAGGUUACCAUUUUCAGAGAGCCAAAGCCAAACUCAGAACUGUCCUGUAAGCCCCUUUGCCUGAUGUUUGUGGAUGAGUCAGACCAUGAGAUGCUCACGGCCGUCCUGGGGCCUAUAGUUGCAGAGCGUGAUGCAAUGAAAGAAAGCAGGCUCAUCCUGUCCAUGGGAGGCCUGCCACGAUCCUUUCGCUUCCACUUCAGGGGCACAGGAUAUGAUGAAAAGAUGGUACGUGAAAUGGAGGGCCUGGAGGCUUCUGGAUCCACAUAUAUCUGCACUCUGUGUGAUUCCAGUCGUGCAGAGGCUGCUCAAAACAUGGUGUUACACUCCGUCACCCGCAGUCACGAUGAGAACCUGGAGCGUUAUGAAAUAUGGAGAACCAACCCUUUUUCUGAGUCUGUGGAUGAGCUGCGAGACAGAGUCAAAGGAGUCUCUGCUAAGCCCUUUCUGGAGACACAGCCUACAUUAGAUGCGUUACACUGUGACAUCGGCAAUGCCGCUGAAUUCUACAAAAUCUUCCAGGAUGAGAUCGGGGAAGUAUACAAAGGGGUCAAUCCCAGUCGAGAGGAACGGCGCAGCUGGAGGGCAGCCUUAGAUAAACAGCUGAGGAAGAAGUUGAAGCUUAAGCCAGUAAUGAGGAUGAAUGGGAACUAUGCCCGCAGGCUAAUGACCCUGGAAGCUGUGGAGGUGGUGUGUGAGCUAGUGCCCUCAGAUGAGAGGAAAGAGGCCCUGAGGGAGCUUAUGAGGCUCUACCUCCAGAUGAAGCCUGUGUGGCGCGCCACCUGCCCAGCCAAGGAGUGCCCUGACCAGCUGUGCCGCUACAGUUUUAAUUCCCAGCACUUUGCUGACCUCCUCUCCUCUACCUUUAAAUAUAGAUACAAUGGAAAGAUAACCAAUUACCUGCACAAGACCUUGGCUCAUGUGCCUGAAAUCAUAGAGAGAGAUGGAUCCAUUGGAGCCUGGGCCAGCGAGGGGAACGAGUCAGCAAACAAACUCUUCAGGCGUUUUAGGAAGAUGAAUGCACGUCAGUCAAAGGCCUAUGAGUUAGAGGAUGUGCUGAAACAUCACUGGCUCUACACCUCCAAGUACUUGCAGAAGUUUAUGGAGGCUCAUAAGGACUCUGCAAAGGCUUUCCAGGCCACCAUAGACCCGGUAGAGAUUCAGGAUGAGGAGAACCUGUCUCUAGAAGUUAAUGAUUUUUGAGUUUUCUGUUUUGGAAAAUAUCAAUAUUUGAUUUACCUCAAGAAAGUUGUGUAAUCUAUCAGUUACCUCUGUCCUUAUGUAUUCUUUAUUUCCACAUAUUGAUUGAUGUUUAGAAAUUAAAUGAAUGAGUUUCAGUGUGCUUUUGGCUGGAUGGUUGAUAUUUUGUAUGAAUUUGAAUGAAUACAAAACUUGUUCCUUGAGUAACCAAUGUUUUGCACUUGAAAGGUGCAAUUUAUGGACAAAUUGUUAUUCUUCAUUUAUCAAUCUAUGCUUUACUUGUUAUAAACUCACUUGACUUUGAACUUCUUUGCUUUAAUUGUCAGUUUCUAAACUUCAAAGACGGGACGACAGAGAAACUUACUGAUACAGUAACAUCGAAGUUUCUCUUUUCUUACUUUUCCCCCAGCUCUUUUUUAAUCUUUGCCGCCUGUGAAAUAUGGGGCAUUUUAUUGUAUUGCAAGGAUAUGACACAUUUAUGAAUUUAUAUAAAGGGGAUAUUUAUGGAAACAGAUGAAAGAGCUGUAAGUCAUGGAGUGAAAUUGUGUUAAAGAGACCACAUUUGUGGCCACUGUAUUAAUAUAUCAUUUUAGCUGGAGGAAAAUGCAAUCCUAGAGACCCAAAUGUUCUUUGUUUCAUGAGUGCCCUCUGAAACAGACUACUUUAGUGCUUUAUCGUGGGGUCCCUGAGGGCCAGAAUAGAUGCCAGGUCACUUUGAACCACUUUUUUUUACAUUUUUUUAUCUCUAGUUUUUGCACGGUGGAGGAUAGAUGAUACUUAUUUGAAUCCUUCCCAUAAAAUAAAACAUAUACUGACCUUUUUUGUUGCUAGCAUAAAAACACAGCAUGGUCUGUUACAGAGCUUAAUAUCCCAUGGACUAUAUAGCAAGAAGGAAUUUUUCCCAACUUCUUUGUAUAACCUGCCUCUUUUUCUCUGCUGGUUUUUCUUCACUGCUGCCGCUGGAGGAGGAGAGGGGUUGGCAGGAGCCAGACAGACCUGAUGUCAACUCAUUUGUUGGCAACUUUAUUUGUUUGAUUGAUUGAUUAUAUUGUCUCUUUCUGCCCUCACCAUUUUGAAUUGUGACAGGCAAUUUUGUUUUCUUGCUUGGUUAAAUGUUUGAUUCUAUUUUACUGUCAAAAGUUUAAGCAUAUGACAGCAGUGAAAUAUUCACAUUUCAUCGGUCCCACAAUAACACCAUUUUUUUUAGAGUGCAUUAUACUGCAACUUGUCUCUUGUUUGUUUUCGCUAUAAUGAAUUGCAUUUCCAAAGUAAUGGAUGAUGGAUGAUUCACAAAAUUCCACUUGUUCUUAUUUCACAGUGGUUUUUUUUUUUUUUUGGUCCUUGUUUUAUGCUUCCACACAUACACUAAAUAUCAGGUGAAUUGUUUACUGGCUUUGCAGAAGACUUUCUUUGGUGAUUCAUUUUACACACAACCAAAUGUUACACUAAAACAACCUUUUAACAUUUUGAUUCAUGAUAUAUUCAGUUUCCACAGCUGGGCUGUCAUGUUCAUGAGAAAUUGCUUUUGUGAAGGAUGCAGUUUGUACUUUUUCUCAUUAUUUCAACCAAUGAUUAAAUAAAGAUUAAU